UGGAACUUUCCACACCCUGGUCCGCCCGUGGUCAACAAAACAACUUGUUUCAUGAAUGAAAUUCAUGAAUAUUCCUGUGAUCAAUAGAAAAAUUUCGUUACUGUUGUUAAUGUAUACCUGUUCACUGCGGGGUUCUACGGGUACCUUUUCGUAGUUCGUUGAACCCAUUCUUUAAACUUCGUAUUCCAUUGUAGGUAUCAAUCAAGUGACUUCAACAAAAUGGUCGGGCCACUCCUGCUUAUGAAAAUAUUACACUGUAAGAAGAGAUGUAAAGGAUCUUCGCGCCCAAAUGAAGAGGUUUCUCAGAGACACUCGUCCACUUCCAGAGGAGAGGCAGAUGAUUCUCUCACUUUCUGCCGGGUCUGUUUAAAAGAAGGCGAUAUUCCAAUCUUCGCCAAAAAAGAUAUUUCUGAGGCGCUAGCUACAUUCGGCGGGAUAGAAAUUGAUGAGGAUGAUCGACAUCCAAAACAUCUAUGCGGCCCGUGCCAUGCGCUACUUAGAGGCGCGAUACUUUUUCGCAAAACUGCCCAAGAGUCUGACCAGAUACUUAAGAAACAAGAAGACAAUGAUGACUUCCCCAAUGGCAUGGAUAUGGAUGAGGAUUCAUUAGAUUGUCACAUUCCAGUAGAAAGACGCAGCGAAUAUCACUGCAAAAGGUGCAGCGAAUAUCAUUGCAAAAGGUGCAAUAUUGGUUUUGAUACUCUCUCCGAAUACAGUGAACACAGAACAUCAGAUGAGCAUGAGAACAGGCGACAGGUCUGCCCUAUAUGUCAUAAGUCUUACGCCUCAUUGUAUUACAAGAAACACAUGAUGCUACACAAACUUGAAAGUCCUACACAUAUUUGUGAUAUUUGUGGGAAAACAUUUACAAUUCGUGGGCAAUUCACACGCCAUAGAUUGACACAUUUCUAUGAACUACCGUUUAAGUGUUCUUUAUGUCCUUAUCGAGGCAGAUUCUCUGAGUCGUUAAAAAUGCAUAUGAGGUCACAUACUGGAGAGAAACCAUAUCAGUGCUCUCAAUGUGCUGCCUGUUUUGUUAGCAAAAGUAAUUUAAACAAGCAUACUAGGACACAUCGAGGACCGCAGGACUUCAAAUGUGAAAUGUGCGGAAGAGGAUUCUAUACUAAGAGGAACCUAGAAAUGCAUUUGAGAGUCGAUCAUACUGGAAUCAAGGAUCAUAUUUGUAAUAUUUGUGGCAAGGCUUUUGGGUAUCGAAAACAAAUGAUGAAGCAUCAACUAAAAGUACAUAAACGGCAAAAGUUGAGAAGUGGCAGACUGCCUCUGUACCUUCAAGUUGAGAAUAUGGGAGAUAAUGAUGAAUCAGAAACGUAGAAUGUUGUUAAACAUGUAUUAUUAUAUUAUCUGUUAAGUUUACAAUCUUACUAGCAUAAAUUUUGUACUUGUUUUUAUUUUAUAGCAAGCCCCUUAUAAUCUCAUAAUGC